AGGGACACCAGACAUACUUCAGCUAUUGCCACAGAAAUAUAAUGUUUUUAUCAACGACACCGAUGCUGUUCGUUCCAAGGAUUUAACUUUACACUUUCAAGUAUUAUAACUUAGGAGAGGUCGUGUCCAGUGACUCCCUGCAGGUGCCAAACGAGGCCACCAUGUCGGUGACCGUUCAUGAGAAUCGCAAGUCCCGCACUAGCACGGGCUCCAUGAACAUCUCGCUGUUCCACAAGCCUUCCCAUCCCGACAGUGUGCUGACCCACCUGAACACCUUGAGGAAACAGUGCCUGUUCACUGAUGUCAUUCUGUGGGCCGGGGACCGCUCUUUCCCAUGCCACAGAGCUGUCUUGGCAGCAUGCAGUCGUUACUUUGAGGCCAUGUUCAGCGGAGGACUACGAGAGAGUCUGGACAGUGACGUCAACUUCAGAGACAGCAUACACCCUGAGGUCUUGGAGCUCCUGCUGGACUUUGCUUAUUCUUCUCGAGUCAUCAUAAACGAGGAGAACGCUGAGUCAUUGUUAGAGGCGGGCGACAUGUUGCAGUUUCAUGACAUUCGAGACGCAGCAGCAGAGUUUUUAGAAAAAAACCUUCAUUCUUCAAACUGCCUGGGGAUGAUGCUGCUAUCGGACGCUCAUCAGUGUAAAAGGCUGUACGAGCUGUCGUGGAGGAUGUGUCUAUUACACUAUGAGACCGUAAGAGAAUCAGAGGACUUCUACAGUCUGUCGAAAGAUAAGCUGCUGGAGCUGAUUCUGAGCGAUGAGCUGGAAAUAGAAGAUGAACAGGUUGUGUUUAACUCUGUCCUGCGCUGGGUUCGAUAUGACUUGGAGGGUCGGCGUCACCAUCUACCUGAGCUGCUGAGAGGUAUCAGGCUGGCUCUGCUGCCGUCCGAGUGUCUGCUGGAGGCUGUGGCCUGUGAAGAGCUGGUGAUGGCUGACAAGAGGAGCAGGUCAAUAGUAGAGGAGGCGAUGCAGUGCAAGAAAAAAAUCCUCCAGAAUGACGGGAUAGUGACAAGUCCAUGUGCUCGCCCACGCAAGGCAGGACACACGCUGCUGAUCCUGGGAGGCCAGACCUUCAUGUGUGACAAGAUCUACCAGGUUGACCAUAAAGCCAAGGAGAUCAUACCAAAAGCAGACCUUCCCAGCCCCAGGAAGGAGUUCAGUGCGUGUGCUAUCGGCUGUAAGGUCUACGUCACAGGUGGCCGAGGCUCAGAGAACGGAGUCUCUAAAGACGUCUGGAUCUACGACACUGUCCAUGAGGAGUGGUCCAAAGGAGCUCCCAUGCUAAUAGCCAGGUUUGGCCAUGGCUCAGCUGAGCUGGAGAAUAGUCUCUACGUUGUUGGAGGUCACACAGCCAUAGCAGGAGUUUUCCCUGCCUCACCAUCUGUCUCCCUAAAACAGGUGGAGAGGUAUGAACCUCUUACUAAUAAAUGGACUAUGAUGGCUCCUCUCAGAGAUGGAGUCAGUAACGCAGCUGUGGUCAGUGCCAAACUCAAACUCUUUGUUUUUGGGGGGACCACCAUUCAUAGAGACAAGGCCUCCAAGGUCCAAUGCUAUGACCCUGUGGGUAACCGCUGGAACAUAGCGGCUGAAUGCCCUCAGCCCUGGCGCUACACGGCGGCUGCUGUCUUGGGGAGCCAGAUCUUCAUCAUGGGGGGGGACACUGAGUUCACCGCCGCCUCCGCCUAUCGCUUUGACUGUGAAACCAAUCAGUGGACUCGAGUGGGCGACAUGACGUCCAAACGGAUGAGCUGCCACGCCGUGGCCUCAGGGAAUAAGCUCUAUGUGGUCGGAGGUUAUUUUGGGACGCAGCGGUGUAAAACGCUGGACUGUUACGACCCCACGUCAGAUAACUGGAACUCCAUCACCACUGUGCCUUAUUCACUCAUCCCCACCGCCUUCGUCAGCACAUGGAAACACCUCCCUGCCUGACCAGGAGACUACGACGACAGUUAU